GCUGUCUGCAGGCUGCCUGUUAACACGACCAGUUGUACACAAGGCCACGCUCUGCUAGGCCGGCCGUACGCCUUUUUCCUACCAAGCGACUUAGCCAAACCUAACUUGCUAUUUGUGUCUGUCCAUCCAUCUAUAGUUAAGAGUGGAACUGAGAAUAUUCGUGAGACGUCGCACUAACAGUGACACUGAAAAGAAGCCAAGACUUCUUAGCGAAUCCUGGAAAGUGGGAAGAUCUUUUUCUGAGUCACUGGCAGUUUAGAGAGACCGCAAAUCGGCAGGAACAGCAAAGCCCCUACGCGUCGUCAUGUAGCUGGAAGUGAGAGCCUACAUACUCAGAGUGGGUUGGUAAGGGUAUUAGGCUUCUCCUGGGGUUUACAUCCGUAGAGUUUCUCAAUCCUCCUCAAACAUGGCUAUUGCUGCAGGGUUGGACGGCGUCCUGACCUACCUAGGAACACCCCAUCCACGGGUCACCAUUCAUCUCCUCCUGACAAUAGGUAUGGCAGUGUUAGGACUGGGGUCCAUUGAAGUGUCAACACUCCUGCCGCUCCCACUAUACAGCUGUUGGGGAGGUUUGAUGCCAAAAGACUUGAACAAAAGAGUAUGUAGUGGAGUAUCUCUUCUGCCAGAAGUACGACAUGAUGACCAUCGUCUGGUUUUUGUUUGUGGUGACAAAGCGUGGCAGCCCAACACCUUCCCAGGAGCCAUACUCAUAGGGGUACGAGUGUUUGUGGCAAUGCUAGCUGGCAUCUGCAUGGAUAUGUUUGGCCGCAGAAGGUCUGUUGUUGCGUGGAUGGGCCUGUACUUCGUCGUGGCAUUUGCUCGAGCAUUCUCACCAAACGCUGAGGCUGUAGUGUUCUGUGUCACGAUUGAAGGGGCGGCUGCUCAGGCGUCCACACUCGCACUUCUUUUGCUUGCUACGGAAGGGAGCACCCAAAAAGAAUGUGUCCGAUCUGCCUGUUUGGUGCUUCUGGGCCACGCAGUAGGGGUGGCAGCUGGAGCACCGCUCAUCACCACCUAUGUUCCAAGAUCAGUUUAUAAGCAGAUGGCUCGAAGCUUACCUGCUCUUGUGUUCGUCUUAUUUUUGAUAGCUCUGCCUGAAAGCGCGCGUUGGGCCGUGUGUCGGGGAAGGAUCCACGAAGCUAUCAAAAUACUCAAGAGAUCUCACCACAUGGCCUUUGACCCCACAGUUCAGGCGAAGCUGUCGUCCCUGUACCAGGAGCACAAAAUGUCAGUGGGGCAGUACAAAUGUUCUGGACAAGCUUUGCGGGAGUCUCUGCAGCCCAUUUUUAGGACGCGCAGGAUUUUUGUGGUUUUCCUGCUGUUCGCCCUCUGUGGCCUGGCUGCUGGAUGUGCUGUCAGCGCUGUCUUCUUAUAUGACCCAGCAACAUUCAACAGCUUUGAGGACCGGCAAGUUGCUCUUGGAGUCAUAGAAUUCUUUGCCCUGUUGAUGAUGGGUCUGACUGUGUCGCGCCUCUCAGUCAAGUUCGUCCUUGUGGCCUUAAUGUGCUGUGUCUCUGUCGCCCUGCUGCUUGUCCCACUGUUGGAGGAAGCAAGUGUUGGCAGCUGCGGAGGCCAGCUAUUCUUCACCUGCCUCGGCCACAUGUGUGUGGUCAUGACUACAGUAUGGCUGGGCGUGGGUGCCAUCAGAAUGACUCCCACCCACUCUAGGGGCGCAGUGCUGGGAUUCACCUUCGCUAUGGCCACGCUUGGACAUGCGCUUGCUUAUCUAAAUGUCGCUGAUGGUUUGUCAUUCAUAACUCACUGGGGCAUCUAUGGUGAAGUUGUGGUAUGGGCACUGGUGAGCUUCAUUGGAGGGCUGUUGACGUUUAUGCUUCCCAAAAUGCCCAAAUGCCUCCCGGACACAAUUACUCACAUGAUUUUCUACAAAGUAGAGAAGAAGAGGAAGGAAUAUGUGGUACAGCCGUGUACCGUAACCCUGUGAAUGAUUAGUCUGAUCUUUCCUAGAUAGUGACUCCCACGGGUUUUAACCUGGUAUGUAUUCACCUUUAAGCCGUGUUUAGCACAGGCCCGUUGGGGAUUGCCGUAAAAACAUCAAAGAAACACUGUAAAUAUCAUGAAGAGAAUGACCCCCAAGAAAUAUUAGUUCUAGAUAACGAAUCCCGAAAACCCUUGGGUGUCACUAUCUAGGAAGAUCCGAUUACAGUGCGUUUACUUUUCUAAGAUCGCUGUGGUGUGGCUUGUACAGAUAUCAUACGUUGCCAAUUUUCACGUUAUGGUAAUCAUAUUAUUAUCAUGGAGUCUACUGAAAUAGUUUUCAUCUCUUGAAAUGUGGUUCUUUGUUUCCAUCAGAUAUUUUGGAUAUAUCUUAUUUCGUAUAUUCUUCGUUAAAACCUCAGUUUCAUUAACGAAAAUGAAGAUAUUUUUUCCCCGGCGAUGCCAGAUCUGAGGUUAGGGGACCUAUGAUUUUUAAGAGGAUUUAAAAGGUCAUGGUCAAUAUCAUUAAAGGAUACUCGCUCUCGAUCACCCACACUGUGAUAAGUAUGAAUGGACAGCCCAAGUGACUCGCAAACGCCUUCACCCACCACCUGAGACCUAGGAAAUAUUCUAUAAUUUCCUGAAAUACUUCAUUUUAUAAAAAAUCAUGAAUGUCCUGUAACUUAUGUUUCGAAGGCUAUCCAGAGAACAUCUGAAGCAACAAAAGCGUCAGAAUUGACUAUUCGUAGACUUAACAAGGAAGCAAGAGAGACGGGAAAUAUAGUGGAAUCUCCAGUAUUUCAAAAAAGAAAA